AGAAGAACUUUUCAACUUUGCAACCAUAGCAACGGCGUUUAUCCUCAAAAUGAGCAACCAGACUAGAGUGGACUUCGCCGGUGAUCUCAAAGACCACCACAUGGAAGUCAAAGCUGUAAACAGAGAAAGGGUCGGUCCCCGGGUCAGGGAGGUGCAGGUUACCGGGGUGGCGGAGGUCUCCUCCCCGGCGGACCGCGCCUCGCUGCGGGUCACGCUGAGCAGCAGCAAGCCGUCCGUGGACCACGUGACCAGCAGCGUCUCCCGGAGACUGGAAUACAUCCUACAGGCGCUCAGACAACAGGGCAUCAAUGAAGAAGACACCUCGGUGAGGAAGUUUCUCCGCAGAGACACUGAGAUGUAUCACAUGGACGUAGAGGUCAUGGUCACUUUCUCAGAUUUUUCCAAGAUGGAGCAAAUAUGCAGCAUCUUGCUGGAAAAGCUUGACAAGAGCGUGUGCGUGGGGAUGCCCCGGUUCUACCACAGUCACGAAUGCCUGAGUCAAAUCAGGCAGCGUGCAUGUGUGUCAGCAGUUGAAAAUGCUCAGCAGAAAGCCAGCAAACUCAGUCAGCUCCUGGGGCAGAGUCUGGGACCCCCCUUGCUGGUUAGAGAGGAGGAAACCAAGGAGAGGAGGCAUGAGGAGGAGGAGGAUGAGGAGGGUGGAGGCAGAGACAGAGAACAGGAUUCUCUACCCCUUCCUAACUUUCCCCACAUACCUACAGUCACUGCUUCCUCACGGGUGUCUGUCUCCUUCAGCUUCAGAGACGGAAACAGGAAAAACCUAUAAAAGACCCCGUACACCAUUGAGACUGUACAAAACAUUUUAUUGCAUCAAUUUGAUCCUUAAAAAGUAGUGCCAUUUUUUUUUAAUGCCAUUCCUGUAAAUUUGACUUUUAAAAACGUGUGAUUUAAAACAUUUGCUGUUUUUUAAAUUUCAAUAAACAUUUCAACUGUUUCUAAGAGCGAUCAUUAACUGUAACACCGAAAGUAACUAUUUAAAUUGUUUUGGCACUCAUUAGAUUAAAAAUACUGUAUAUGGUAUUUGCACACUGCCAAAAAUAAAGGAGAUGGAGGAUGAUCUUCAUCACGUAAUUACAAUAUUAUGGUUUUCAGAUUCCAGAAGUACAUUCUGAAUCCUAGAAAGGAAGUUUUCAAGAGUUUAUCUCUGACUCGUACAAACAUUGGCACUUGAGAUCAAUAGCUGUAUCAGAGGAGGGCUGACAUUUUGACCAGGCUUAGGAACAGCACACAGAAAAGUUGAUAAAACAGUCUGUUGAAUGUGUCUUUCAGACUGAGCAGUC